AUGCUGCCAGCCUUCGCAGUCCCCCAUAUCAGGCAUCUGAGUCACAUAUUUUGGGAUAAAGCACUGGAGAUGGUGGCUUCCAUGGAGGAGCAAUUGAAGUCCGACCCCGAAUCCUUGAUCGAACUUCGUGAGUACGUUUCACGAGCCACACUGGAUAACAUCGGGCUAGCUGGCAUGGGUUAUGAUUUCCAAAGCCUCAGGCAGCCUGAUAGCGAGCUCAGAACUCGAUACAAAAAGUUGCUUUUGGACCCGACCAAGGUCUUCAACUGGGUCGGACUGCUGAGCAGGUACCUGGACAUGCGACUAUUGCUGGAGAUACCCGUGAAAAAGCUCCGAGAAAUCAAGGAGUCGGCGAAUUACCUCCGCGCGAUUUCCGGGCGGGUGAUUCAAGAGAGAAAAGAGAAGCUUAUUGCGUCCGAUGAAGCGGCAAGCAAAGAUAUCAUCACCGUUGCCCUGGCAAGCGGCGUGUUUGCGGACCACCACCUGGUCGAUCAUGUCAUGACGUUCCUGACAGCAGGGCACGAGUCUACAGCCACAACCUUCGAGUGGACCAUGUAUGAGCUCGCACGAAGGCCUGAAAUGCAACUUCGGCUGAGGUCAGAAGUGAGGGCAGCCCUAGGACCUGACCACACAGCCGCCGACUUUGGACCGCAGGUUUCCAACAUUGCGUAUCUGAACGCCUUCUGCAGUGAGGUCAUACGCUGCUAUCCAUUCUCCCCCAUCAUUGCCAAGACUGCGCAACGAAACACCACCAUCAAUGGCCAGCACAUUCCCAAAGGAACCAUGGUCAUCUAUUCGGCUGAGACUACAAACCAUGACAAGAGUCUCUGGGGACCCGAUGCCCAUAUAUUCAACCCAGGGCGAUGGCUCGGCGAAGGAAUGGCAAAAACCGGAGGAGCAAGCAGUAAUUUCGCUAUGCUCUCAUUUGGAGCGGGACCAAGGAAUUGUAUCGGACAGGACUUUGCAAGGACAACUCUCGAGUGUCUUGUUGCAGCAAUGGUGGCUACGUUCGAAAUCGAGCUGGCCAAUGUUGAUACAGCUGGCAGACUGAGAUUUGGACAGACGAAAAAGUCUGUAGAGGGGAUGUGGGCCAGACUGAAGAUCUUACCCCCUGCCUAG